AUGAAUCCGUUGCUUUCACGAAAAGUAAUCAAAACUCGAUUAGAAACGUCUCACGAUGGGUUAGGAUACAAUGAAUUCAGUUAUCAACUUUAUCAAGCUUAUGAUUGGUACUGUUUAUUCAAACAGUAUGACUGCCGUUUUCAACUUGGUGGUGUUGAUCAAAUAGGCAAUAUGCGCACGGGUCAUGAUUUCAUUUCUCGUAUGACAAAUCUUGAAGAGGAUACUUAUGGUGUUACUGUACCGUUAAUAACUAACGAACAUGGUGAAAAAUUAGGCAAAAGUAUGGGAAAUGCUGUUUGGCUUGAUGAAAAUUUCUCAUCGCCUUAUGAAUGCUAUCAAUAUUUUCGAAACACACCAGACACGAAAGUCGAAGAGUAUUUGAAAAUGUUUACAUUUCUUCCAAUGAAUGAAAUUCAGCAAUUGAUGGAAACACAUCGAGCAAAACCGCAUGAGUAUGCCGCUCAGAUCAAAUUAGCUAAACAAAUAACGCUGCUAGUUCAUGGAGAACAAGGCCUGGAAUCUGCUAUUCGUAGUACUCAAGCCAUGUUCGCACAGAAUAUCGAUUUACUUCAUAAUCUGACUGAAAAAGAAAUCAAUGGUCUAUCUGUUAGUGUACCAACUAUGCAAAUGGAUCUCAAUCCAGAACUUACACUACUCGAUGUUUGUAUGGCUGCCAAAUGUUUCUCAAAUCAAUCUGUUGCUCUCAAAGUGAUCACCGAUGGUGGUGUCUAUGUCAAUCACAAGAAACUCGCCAAUCCUCAGGCUAUACUCGUUUUCGGCGUUCAUAUACUUCCGAAUUUGAUUACGGUCAUCCGUGUUGGGAAAAAAAACUUCUAUAUGAUUCGAUGGACAAAUGCGGAUAUGUCAUUACAUUCAAAAGUUUAG